CACGCUGAAUUCAUUGAAAACCCGCCCGGACUGUCAUCGGCGCACGCGUAUUGAGGCCCAACAAAGGGCCGAAAUAAUACUCGUUCACAAGUAAAUCUGAUGUAUUUAUGUCAUAAAAAUGGUGAAAUCUGUGAAGUGGCGAGUAGAAAUUAGGAUAUUCGACGUGUCGAAUCAUGACCGAGGCAUCUGAGAAUGUGUGUGUGGUGCGUGUUCGUGCGCAAGUAAUGUGUCGCGACGAGGGCACGGGCGGAUGGGUGGCGCUCAGUGGCGGCGGCCUCGCCGAUGUCAUGGUGGGCCGCCGUUCGGGACACUUCGUUACUGGUAUAGACGAUGCGGCCUUCGAGAGCAGUAGCGACGCUCCGACGCCAAUGUUGCCCUACGAGUAUUACAUUCACGGGAAACGAAUCAGCGACAAUACGGUGGUCCUCGAAUGCACGAUACAAAAAGACUUCCAGUACCACAAAGUGAUGCCAACAUUCCACCAUUGGCUCACUGAGGAGAAACGUUUCGGCCUCACCUUCCAAACCGCGGCCGAUGCGAGGGCCUUCGACAAAGGCGUACGAACCGCACUAGAAGAAUUGUUAGACGGUCUGGGCGGCUCAUGGCCAUCACACUAUUCUUACAAACAACGAAAUCUAGAACGAAAAGAUGAUGACGAAGAAAAUAAUAUAUUUGAGUGUCUGAAUCUUCCAACGGACUCGCGUUCCAGCUCCGAAAACUCUACAGCCAGUCGUGUUCGACGAAAUGACGAUCUACAAACACCUAUUCUAUCAGCUAUUACUCUUCCAAGACACCCUUUAUCAGAAUCUCUGAAACAAUACGAGUCUCAAUUCGCUGACAAAGUUAAUGAUGACCACCCGGAUAGAUGUCCCUACGUACAACUUUCUGCUGUUCACGAGUAUACAUACCCGCAAGUGGGAUCUGGUGGUAUUAUUAGUUCAGAGAAGUCUUCGCCAAACACCAAGCCAGCAUUGAUGAAGAGAGAUUCUGGUUCUAUAAAGAAAUGCACUUACAGCGGACCUCCACCUUUGCCUGAUAAGAAACCUGCCGAGACCUUUCAAGCUAGAAUUAAGUGCAGACACUGUCACGAGUGGUAUUUUGAGAGCGCGAAUAGAAACGGAGCCUGUGAAUAUGCCCCCGAUUGUUUCAAAACAUGCGUUAAUCGCGUCAGCUGUAUUCAAUGUGCUCAGUGCAUGCUCUACCACUGUAUGUCGGAUUCAGAAGGUGACUUUGCAAUGCAUCCCUGUGCCUGCACUGGACCGGACGAAAACUGCGCUAAAAGAUGGAUCGGCAUUGCUCUUCUAAGUCUUGUGGUACCUUGUCUAUGGUGUUAUUUGCCGCUGCGUUGCGUACACAAAGCAGCCAGGUCUGCACGAAUAUCUGGAGGGGCCCAUGCCCCAAUGAGGAAAUAGCAUAUGAUAUAUCCUAACAAGUGAAAUGUGAAGUAAAAAAGUGCAGUGUAAAAUCAAGAACAGUUGUGUUCAAUCAUUGGUCGAGUGAAAUGAUCAACUACAAUCAUCUAUGUUGCUAGUGAAACUAGUGUUUGUUUUAAAGCAAUAGUGUUACAGUGUUUAAACCGAGAUCUCAGUUGGCGGGUUUUGGCCUAGUCGACAUUUGGCAACGCUGAGCCAAAAAUAGCGGUUCAAGUUAUAUAUAAUAUUUGGUGGGCAAUGACCGAGGAAGAUGGGACUUCAGUGCAAAGGACUAAAGCUUCGGUUAGACUCAAAGGCAAGGAAAAUUUUUUACCACUCAAUUGAUGUGUGAGACAAUUUGUAUUGCGUCUCUGUUUUUGUCGUCGUAAAGUAAAGUUUAUGCCAGAGGUUAAUAUAAAUUAGAACUUACCAAGAAAAUGUGAAAUAUAUGUACGGAUUUCUGAAAUCAAAUUAGUUUUAAAACAAUGAAAUAUUGAGUGAUAACAAUCACUUGCAACGACUAUAUUGUUUAUUUACAUACAAUCAAUAUUUACAACGUUUUGAACAAAGAUAUGUAUAAAAACGUAUUUAAAAUCAUGUUUUGAAAUUGUUCCUAAUUUUCAGAAUUGAAUUAAAUAGGGAUGUAAUACUUCCGUUACUUAUACGGUAAAUGAUAUUUUUCGUAUUUUUACCUACCCACAUAAAGUAUUUACAAGUACCUGCAGUUAUCGUAAAAGAAAAUGUCUAUUCAUAAGAAGUAUUCAUAUACUUUAUUCAAUAGUAUUUUAGUUUUAGACGAAUACUUAAAUGUUAUAAUUUAUAUUAUAGCCGUUUCCAUGACAACUAUGAACAUGACAAAAAUUGAUAUUUUUGAGUACUUUUUACUCAAACAACUUCAUACUCGAAUUAUUUUCUAAUUAAAUGUUGAAUUUUAAGUAAUACUUGAUAUAAUGGUGACACAAAAUAAUGUUGCCAGUAAAGCUUUCAUAAGAUAAUAUUAAUAAUAUUUCUGUUUGCAUAUAGAAGUGAACUUUCCAAGAAAGAAUUUUAAUUAAGCGUCUUCCACAAUGCAGUUACUUUUUUUAGACAUGCACAAUUAUUUCUGUUACAUGUGUUGCUUUGUUAAUGCAUUUUAAAUGGCUUUAAAUUUAACCUGGUUGUUGUAUGUUCAGCAUAUUUUUUUAAAUUGUUUGAACUAUAUGUUGGUUAUAUGGAUGUUAUCUUCUGCUUGUUCUAUUUAUAAUACUGGCCAUUUGACCAAAAUUGCUGUGCUUUUGAUGUAAUGUUGGCUAAUAUUGACCAAUACUUGAUUUGGUACAAUUUCGAUCAAAUGUGUCGGCAAGGGUUAUAUUUGUAUGAUAUAUAAAGCCAUGCUAUCUUCUUUUUAUUGAUAACAGUAAAAUGAGAUAGCAUGAUUUUCCUUAGCAAUGUAAUUAAUGUUGAAAUGUUAACAUAAUUCAACAUAUCUUCGCAACCUGUCUUGUGUUACAAACAUCACAUUUUAUUGUUAGUAUUUUUUUACUAGUAAAUAAAAUCUGCUAUAUUUUUGUCUUGAUUCGGAGAAAAACGUACAAAACUUUUUAUUUAUAGAAAUACGGGUAGGAUCGUUACCUAGCAUUUUAUCUUUUUGCUUAAAAUAUUUUUGAAUAUUAAAAUGUAAUGUCACUGGAAAUAAAUUUAGAUAUAAUAUUUUAAUGUUAUAACAAUUAAAUGUUAAGGAUUAUUAAUCAUUAUUAUUAUUAUAUAAUCUUUAAUCUGAUCUAGUCUUCAAUUUGAAGUAUAAUCAGUAUUUUUUAAAUUUCUUUAAAAUUCAGUUAAAAAUCGACCAAAUGAUUUUUCUAAUGGUACAAAAUAAGUUCAGGUUAGGUUGGAUUUCUAUGCUUGUCUACAUUAAAACGUUAAAAAAUGUAUUUAAAGUGUAAUAAUAAAAAUAUGAAAACCAAUGUAUUUUGCGAGAGUGGGCUCACUCGUGAAUUACCGCGGAUUUCGUAUUUCGAUUCGCCGCCAUGAUUUUAUUAUGACAGCGAUGACAGGACCGAACCUUGUUGCCAUAUGGAAGUGAAUAUUGUCUAUGGUCGCCAGCUUAUAUUUCCAACCGUUACAACCUUAACUUUUUUCGUCCAUUUUCAUUUAAUUAUUCGUAAGUAAUAUAAAUUCGUAAAUAAUCUAACUUAUGUAAGGAAAAUGUAUUUAAAUGUUUUUUAAUUAACAAUACAUAUUAUAUCCUACAUCAGUUUCGAAUCUUAAAAAAAUUAGAUAUAUAAAGAGACUUUAAUUUGUAGUAUAAGUAUAAAUUAUGUGUGUUUAGUGUCUAUAUGAAUAAAUGUCAGAUUAAUAAUGUAAACCAAAGUUUGUCUGAUGUGUGGACCCUUACAGGGUUAAAAAUGUAUGCCAUCAUACAAAAUAUUGAAUAAAUAAUCAUUCAAA